CUCUUUAUUUUAUUUUUGUAGGUAUACUACAACUUUGGUUUUGAUUGAUCUUUGGUGUUUGAAGAACGCAAAGCAACUUUAUUGGAUUAGUUAGAAACUUCAGAAUGGAUAGAGAUUGGAUGAGUGCAGAUAGGUUGUCAAUGAAAUAUAGGGAAGGUGUUGAUCUGUUUUUGGAGUUUGCUGAGAAGAAGGCUUCUAAUCCUAAUUUUGUUCAUUGUCCGUGCAUGAAAUGUGGCAACAUGGAGCGUAUGAAAAUUUUUAAGAUUAAAGAACAUUUGUUUAGGAACGGUAUAGACAAAAGCUAUAAAAUUUGGUAUCACCAUGGGGAAAAAAUUAGAACUUCAGAUGAGGGACCUUCCAAGUCUAGGAAGGAGAAGUGCGUUAAUUUGGAUUACGGAGAUGAUCACAUUGCAAAAAUGAUUGAUGAUGCACAAUUUGAAUCCAAUACAGCUGAUCCAGUGAAAUUUAAAUCCCUUUUAGAAGAUGCUGAAAAACCUAUUUACCCUAAUUGUAAUAGGUUUACUAAGUUAUCGUCACUUAUUAGAUUGUACAAUCUGAAAGCCAAAUAUGGGUGGAGCGAUAAGAGUUUUACGGAGUUACUAGCCUUUUUAGGAGAUUUGUUACCUGAAGGUAAUGAAAUGCCUUUGUCUUUCUAUGAGGCAAAGAAGACAUUGUGUUCAUUAGGCAUGCAAUAUGAAAAGAUACAUGCAUGUCCUAACGAUUGCAUCCUCUAUCGAAAUAGAUUUGAAAAUGAAACGUUGUGUCCGACGUGCGGUGAGUCUAGGUGGCAAAAGAAGAAGAAUUCUGAUGAGGUAAAGGUUGGUAUACCUGCAAAGGUAUUAUGGUACUUACCACCCAUACCUCGUUUGGUUCGGUUCUUUCAAAAUGUCGAUAUUUCUAAAAACUUAACCUGGCAUGCCAACGAUAGGGUGAAAGAUGGUAUGAUGAGACAUCCAGCCGAUUCACCUGCUUGGAAAGCAAUUGAUGCUAGAUGGCCUGACUUUGGCAAUGAACCUAGGAAUAUUCGUCUUGGUCUUUCUGCAGACGGUAUUAAUCCACAUACUAAUCUUAGCAGUAAGUACAGUUGCUGGCCAGUUUUGCUUGUAAUGUAUAAUUUGCCGCCCUGGUUGGUAAUGAAGAGGAAGUUCACUAUGCUGACACUGUUGAUAUCAGGCCCUUCAUAUCCUGGUAACAAUAUUGAUGUUUACUUAGCUCCUCUUGUUGAAGAUCUAAGUCAACUGUGGUGUGAUGGUGUUAGUGCUUAUGAUGCCCAUAGGAAUGAAAAUUUCAAUCUUAGAGCAAUAUUAAUGUGGACAAUUAAUGAUUUUCCUGCCUUUGGCAAUCUUUCUGGUUAUAGUGUGAAAGGGUAUAAGGCAUGUCCUAUAUGCGAGGAUAAAACUUGUUCUCAAUAUUUAAAACACUCGAGAAAGAUUAGCUAUAUGGGACAUCGAAGAUUUUUGCCUUCUAACCAUGUAUUUCGAACUUGGAAAAAAGCAUUCGACGGGAAGCAAGAAUUUGAAGUGGCUCCGCCACCUUUACUUGGAGAACAAUUAGUAGUAAAGUUGAAACUCAAGUUUGUCAAUGGAAAACUUCCUCCUCCGGAUGAAGAUGAUGAAGAUUUUGAGCUUUGGAAUCGUUGCAAUAGCACUGUUAUUUCAUGGAUUCUUCAUGCAAUCUCUAAUGAAAUAGCUGGAAGUGUCAUGUACAUGGAUGAUGCUACACAGAUCUGGUUGAAUCUUGAGGAAGGAUUCAAUCAAAAGAAUACUCCUCGAGUUUUUAAAGCUAUUCGAACAAAACAGUCUAUUGCACAAGGAUCCAAUAGUGUUACCAGCAACUGCACUAGACUCAAAUCUCUUUGGGAUCUAAUCCAAGAGUAUUGA